GCCGCUCGGAGCCGCGCGAACAUGGCCGAAGUCGGCGAGGACAGCGGCGCCCGCGCCCUGCUCGCGCUGCGCUCGGCGCCCUGCAGCCCCGUGCUGUGCGCCGCAGCCGCCGCCGCCGCCGCCUUCCCCGCGGCCGCGCCCCCGCCGGCCCCGGCGCAGCCUCAACCCCCGCCCGGGCCGCCGCCGCCGCCGCCGCCGCCGCUGCCUCCGGGCGCGAUCGUGGGUUCCUCCGGGGUAUCCGGGGACUCCGGGGGCGCGGGCGCGGCGCCGGCCCUGGUGGCCGCGGCGGCCGCCUCGGUGCGGCAGAGCCCGGGGCCGGCGCUGGCGCGGCUGGAGGGCCGCGAGUUCGAGUUCCUCAUGCGCCAGCCCAGCGUCACCAUCGGCCGCAACUCGUCGCAGGGCUCGGUGGACUUGAGCAUGGGCCUGUCCAGCUUCAUCUCGCGGCGCCACCUGCAGCUCAGCUUCCAGGAGCCGCACUUCUACCUGCGCUGCCUCGGCAAGAACGGCGUCUUCGUGGACGGGGCCUUCCAGAGGCGCGGCGCGCCCGCCCUGCAGCUGCCCAAGCAGUGUACCUUCCGGUUUCCCAGCACGGCCAUCAAGAUCCAGUUCACGUCGCUCUACCACAAAGAAGAGGCCCCGGCCUCCCCGCUUCGGCCGCUGUACCCACAGAUCUCCCCUCUGAAGAUCCACAUCCCGGAGCCGGACCUCCGGAGCAUGGUCAGCCCCGUCCCCUCCCCGACUGGCACCAUCAGCGUCCCCAACUCCUGUCCAGCCAGUCCACGUGGUGCCGGCUCCUCCAGUUACCGCUUUGUGCAGAACGUGACCUCGGACCUGCAGCUGGCAGCAGAGUUUGCAGCAAAGGCCGCAUCGGAGCAGCAGGCGGACACGUCUGGAGGAGACAGCCCCAAGGAUGAGUCAAAGCCGCCGUUCUCCUACGCGCAGCUGAUCGUGCAGGCAAUCUCCUCCGCCCAGGACCGGCAGCUGACCCUGAGCGGGAUCUAUGCCCACAUCACCAAGCAUUACCCCUACUACCGGACGGCGGACAAAGGCUGGCAGAAUUCUAUCCGGCACAACCUCUCUUUGAACCGUUACUUUAUUAAAGUCCCACGUUCCCAGGAGGAGCCUGGGAAGGGGUCUUUUUGGCGAAUAGACCCUGCCUCUGAAGCCAAGCUCGUGGAACAGGCAUUCCGGAAACGGAGGCAGAGGGGCGUCUCCUGCUUCCGCACCCCCUUCGGGCCUCUGUCCUCAAGGAGCGCUCCAGCUUCACCCACACACCCCGGGCUGAUGUCCCCUCGCUCCAGCGGCCUGCAGACCCCAGAGUGCCUGUCUCGGGAGGGCUCCCCCAUUCCACACGACCCUGAGUUUGGGUCCAAGUUAGCUUCCGUCCCAGAGUACCGGUAUUCCCAAAGCGCACCCGGCUCCCCCGUCAGCGCCCAGCCAGUGAUCAUGGCCGUGCCUCCCCGACCGUCCAGCCUCGUGGCCAAGCCCGUGGCCUACAUGCCCGCCUCCAUCGUAACUUCACAGCAGCCCGCGGGCCACGCCAUCCACGUCGUGCAGCAGGCCCCCACCGUCACCAUGGUCAGGGUGGUCACCACAUCUGCCAACUCAGCCAACGGAUACAUCCUCACCAGCCAGGGCUCGGCGGGGGGCUCCCAUGAUGCGGCGGGCGCAGCUGUGCUGGACCUGGGCAGCGAGGCCAGAGGCCUGGAGGAGAAACCCACCAUUGCAUUUGCCACAAUCCCCGCAGCUGGCGGAGUCAUCCAGACGGUGGCCAGCCAGAUGGCCCCCGGGGUCCCCGGACACACGGUCACCAUCCUGCAGCCCGCCACACCCGUGACCCUCGGGCAGCACCACCUUCCAGUCCGGGCCGUGACUCAGAACGGAAAGCAUGCGGUUCCCACGAACAGUUUAGCCGGCAGCGCUUACGCCCUCACCAGCCCUUUGCAGCUCCUUGCAACCCAAGCGAGUUCGUCCGCGCCAGUGGUGGUCACCCGGGUGUGCGAGGUGGGGCCCAAGGAGCCAGCAGCGGCCGUCGCGGCCACGGCCACCACCACCCCAGCCACUGCCACCACCGCCUCUGCCUCCGCCUCUUCCACUGGAGAGCCCGAGGUCAAAAGGUCCCGGGUGGAGGAGCCCAGUGGGGCUGUGACCACACCGGCCGGAGUGAUCGCAGCCACCGGCCCCCAGGGGCCAGGCACCGGGGAGUGAGAUCACCUGCAACGCGGGGGAGUGGGACUCACCCAGCGGCGACCCCGAAGCUGGACCCGGCAGCUCAGGCGGCCGCACUCACAGACGGAGGAGAACAGCCCGCGGCGGCUUGCGGGCAUCAGCGGCACCUGGACACACCCAGCCCUUUCUAUUUUAUCGCCUGCCUUCCCGUGGUUUAAAACAAAAACACAUAAACAAGUUCAGACAACUGAUUGUAUGAUUCUGGGAAUUCUUUGCUUUCAUUUCCUUCUCCCUCAGCACCACCUCCUCUCCCCAGGCCUCCCUGUCGGGCAUGGGUAGGAGGUUGGAGCUCAGCAUCUCGAGGAAUGUGUCAAGACAACCCCUCCGCUCCGCGCUGCACGGCCAGCCGCCUUUGACUGGGAGGACAGACAGAAACGCAGCAAGGCACACACCAAGGCUGCCGGGGAAUCCCGGGCACCGGACGGAUGCCUGUUGGGGAAGCCAGGAACUGCCAAGCCACGGACUGCCUAACAGCCUCUCUGCCCAGAAUGUGACAUAGUGUUGGCAUUAACGCGGGGGGUGUCCGAUUUCACUUCAGACCCCAAGUUUUUCUUUGUUUAAACAUGAAGUUCAGACUUCAUUGUACACCUGAGGCAAACACAAAAGGGAUCAUGUAUUUUUGAGGAUUUCAUCUGUUGACGGUCUGAUGACUGGCCGUAGGUCUGGGGUUCCCGCUGGGUUUAAUCCCCUCGAAGAGUAAACCUGCCGCUCUGUCUGAUAACUUCAAGUAACAGCAGCGGCUUCCUGGGUUGGCGUUCGCGGUGGAAGGUUCCUAGGAUGAAAGAUGGCCCUGGAUCCGCCGGCUGCAGACAUCGCACUCCCGGGGACAGUCGGGGCCGCUGCUCUGCAGACCAGACCUUCCCGAAUUCUCCCGUGGCUCCAAUGUCCCGGUGCUGACGGCCACACGGGGACCUAACAGUGCCAAACGCCAUCUGCUCCAGCUGCUUUUUCACCCAGUUACAGAGUCCUCACCACUCCCACAUUGAUCUGCUGUUUUAAAUUGGAACCAUUUCUCCUGCCUGAAACUCCAGGGCCCCUCCCUGGGCCUUCCGUGAGCAGAAGGAGACCCCACCCCAGCAGCAGUGGCGAGCAGGCCUGUGCCUCCACGCCCAGCCCCCGCCAAUGCGACUGGUUUUGUUUGCCACACGGUGAGAACCGGAGGAUGGGAUGCUCCAGCCAGUUGGGUGGCUCUGGGGUCCCUGAGGAAGCCCCUCCUGCACUUCCAUUAAGAUGGCCAGCGGUGCCUCAAUCUUUGUCAACGAGCAGCGUUGAGCCAGAGCUGUCUAAUGCUAAGCCCAGCUCAGGAAGGAGAGAGGAGUCCUUCAGUGUGUCUUGGAGAUGCACAGUGCAUCCUCGUAAAGGUCAGCUGUCAGUUUUGCUGGCCGCUCCGGCGCUGGCUCUCCUGUCCAGGACCACAACGAGAAACAGCGACAGCUUCGACGCAGAGCUCCGGAAGUGCCUGAGGAGCAGUGGUUCUUGGAAAUCGCCCGUCCUCCGUGUCACAGCCUCUCACCAGCAAAGCAGCCUCCGCCCGGGCCCUGGCGGGAGAGCCGCAGAGGGACCCAGGUGCCUGGAAGGCAUUUGAGGGAGGUGGCUGGGCAGGUGUCUCCCUGAAGAAGAAGGGAGAACACUUUUCAAAGUGAUUCCGAGGCAGUGCGGGAGGACACACGUGCUGUGCAGUGGAGUGGGGUCGCCCGUGGCCGCCAUCAGAGUCCCCGUCCCCCAGGACAAGUGCAGAAUCUCUGUGGGCCCCCUCCUUCCACCUAGAUAGAGAAAACCCCUGUUUGGUUUCCUUCCCCUGUUCCGUUGUUUUUGUAAGCCCCCCACAUUGAGUCGUUUCUAUGGCACUAACCUUUCCGUGGGAAAUAAGCUCUUGGUGGAAGUCCGUACCUGUUGCCCUGGGUGAGGUUUCAGAGAAAUGGGGGCAGGAUGAACACAACCGGCCGUCCUGGGUGCAGUUCCGUCCGUGGAGGGUGAGAGAUUGCGCCCCGUUCCACACUUGUGGCGCCUGCUGUUGUCUGUGGGCCUUUUCUUUCCGUGGUGCCUGGUGUGUGCGUGCAUGGCACGAGAGAAUGGGGUGUGGUGGUUGGAGAUGGCUCCCUGACACCGGUGCCUGUGUGGCCUGAGCCGGCACCCUCCCAGGAGCGCCCGUCACAGGGGGCCUCUGUGAUUACCUGCUGCUACUCUCUCCCCCGUGGUGACUGUAUGUCCCCAGGGCUGCCUGUGGCCACCCUGAUGGGGGACCUCUGUUUGCUUCUGGGCCACUGCAGGUUGGCCUUCUCAUACAAGCUGAUGUCUGCAGGGAGCGCCGCGUGCUGGGAUUGCACCACGUGUUGGUCACAAAGCGAGGUCACCUUUUGGCCUGGUCUGCUCAGGCUGGCCCUGACCCACUUGCUUUCCUAGAUUUUGAGACGGAGCGCAUUCUUCUUGUUAGCGGUAGUGUUCUCUGAUUUCACUGCUUCAUUGCCAAGGGAGUGGAAAGGGGGUGGUGGAUGGAGCCGGGGGGUGGUGAGCACAGGACCCUUGGGCUGCAGUCUGUCGCGUGGGGUUCCGCACUGUCUAGCUUCUGCGGGGACUGCAAAGAGGGACGGAGGGACGUGGUUCUAGGGGUCUGCUCAGACUCGGAGCAGGGCAGGCAGAGGAGGGCAAGGAGAGGAGGCCUGGGUCCUGGAUCCACUGCUCUGGGCUCAUAACCAUGAGAUUUUGAAAGAGUUUUUGGUCAUCUGAGCAGGUACCAUGCCUGGCUCAUGCCGGAACUUGUCUUGGAACCGGUAGCCAGAGGCCCAGGAAGGGACAGGGCCCAAAAGGGUUGCAUGUCCUGGCCACAAAGCCCUCCCGGUGUGCCCUGAGCCAGCCCAGCAAGCGCCUCCCAGCCAGGCGCUUUCGCAGAAGCAAGAGCACAGGCCAGGGGGACCGGGAGAGCCUCAGCCCCCAGCCUGGGCGGCCUGUGACCCUGAGCCGUGUGGAGCCAGGACCCAAGAAUCUUCUCUAGGUUCUCAAGGGUGAGCUGACCUGAGCAAUGUGCAGGAAUGUGGAGAGCAAAAGUAGCUUGAUUCUAGCCCCGUUCUGGGGUCACUGCAGAGGCAGGUCACCAGGGGCUGGGGGCACGGUCCACAGCGGAGAGAACAGCAGGUCACAGUGGUGGUUUUGGGAAGGGCACCUCCUGCUUUGCCCUGUUCGGAAAGGGGCUCCCUUAGAGCCCCUGGGCCCAGUAACCCGCUUCUCUCUCCUGAUGCCUGGUGGAUAAAUUGCCAGGUUUGUCAAAUACAAGAAAACACCCGCUUUGGCUAGGAGGUAAGUCCCAAAAAGAAUGUCUUAAGUAGAGCACAGGCAUCCACCGAGGCCAUUUGGUGGCCCUUGGGAAGUGGGGAAGCAGGGCCUGAGCGUCCCCAGGCUGCUAGGGCAGCAGCUGGCUCAGGCACACUCUCUCGUGCCAGCUUCUGCCACCAGCCCAGUGUCCAUGGAGCAGCGGGGCCAGAGGAGCUCAGGGAGACCUGGCUGUCUAGGGCAUGGUGCCCGGCAUCCCGGUGUGUGCCCAUCCUCAGCCACUUGUGUCUUUCUUUCCAUGUGGAAGUUCUCCCGGUGACACCUGCCCUCCUUUGAGGGUGGAAUCUGUCACUUAUGCCUUUGAGGGACCCAGAUGGACCAUCCCUCUUCUGGUUUCUUUCUACAUUCCUAAAAACCUCAACGUUAAUCCCUCACCAAUCGGACCGAAUACGGCCUCAUGGUUCUGCAGCGCCCUGGUCUUCUCCUACUGGCUUCACGCUAGAGGGCGCCAUGUACUCUGGGUGAAAUGAGACGCUGGUGUGGGGUCCCCAUGCAGAUACCCUCGGGUCCCUAUCCAGAGACCCUCGAGGCAGUGCUGGGAAGACACCCAUGUGUGUCUCACACCUGCCGCCCCUCAGUUUCCUUCCCAAGGUCUGCUGGGUCCUCUUUGGGAUUUGCUGUUUAUUUGUAUUUCCCUUUUCUUUAAGAACCAUGCUAAGUGAAAAAGGUGGGAAUGAAUUUCUGAGUUGCUGAGUGUUCCCUGCUCCUAGGUACCACGCUCUGUGCUUCUCGAUCAGGGAGGAGAUGGAUUUGGUGGAGCUGGGCCAGGACGGGGUCUUCACUCUGCCCCCUCCAGACUGCCAGAGCCCCAAGAAGUUUUGAGCCCAGCUGGGCCUCGCCUCCCCAACUCCUGGGUCCGUUUUCUAUACUGGUUUGAGAUCACAGGCAUCAUUCAGCGAAUGCUCUUGUGUCCUCUACAUAAAGAGGGCCCUCCCUGGAACACCUCCAGGGAGCUGGGACGCUCCAGAAAGCCCCGGGUGAGGGCUCCGUCUUGAGAGAGAGAAAUCCCUUCUUUGGGCGAGUUCAGGAGGCGGAGGAAGCUUUUCCUUGGCUUUGCAAUCAGUGUUUUUAUAGAGACAAAGAACAGACCUCAUUGGGAAAAAUGAAAACGUCAUGGAACACGGGGAGGUGUCGGAGAAGAAAGAAUUUUCCCCUUCGCUUUCAGAGCUGGCGGGAGUGCAGGCUGUUUUGCUUCAGAAGCCUCACAUUCUGCUUUGCCCUUGAGUGACUUCAUGCGGGAUGAGGAACUGUUGAUCUCUCUAGAGAGAACACCCCAAGUCCAUCCUGGGCUCCUCCUCACCCCUCUGAGAAAGUCCCCCUAAAAAAGGCUUUAGAAUCACCAGCGUGCCGCCUCAUGUUUCAGGACGGAAUCGCGCGCUCCUCACGCUGGAAUAAGUUACAAAACAUGAUUGUAAGGUUCUUUGCAAGUGCAGAGCCCCAGAAUGCUGGAUGAAGGCCUCCUCGGCCCUGCGGGCGGCCUGGCUGCAGUAGGUCUGCUGUAAGGGGCGACGCCGGGGACUGCAUCACACUCCUGAUGAAAACAUGUUUACCCACAGCCUCGCCUCGAGCCUCCUUGACAAUACCGCUGCCUCGAAGCAAUAUUAUUUAACGAGAAUACUUUACAUUGCUCACAUGUGCUGCUAUGAAGACAGGAUUAAUCUGUAGAUGGGACUCAGCUCCGGAGGUUCCUGGGUAAUGUAUUUUGGCUCUUGGAAAUAAGGGUAGAAUUUAGAAUAUAACAAAUAGUCUCUCGCCCGGUUCUGUCCCUUAUUUUUAGAUUGUUUUCCUGCAUGUUACAAUUUCCUUUUCUUUUCAAAGUUCCUUUCUCCAGGCCUGUUUUUCAGUGCUCAGGACACGGUUUUCAUCACAUACUUACUGUUUUUCUGUUGGGUUUUGAUACGAAAAGCUGCUACAUUUAGUGACCAGAGGAAGGGUUUGGAAUCUGUGCUUUGGAGGGGAUCUCGGUGGAUACCGCGGCCCCUUGCAGGGUGGCGAGCUGGGUCCGUGCCGCGAGAAGGGGUCCUUUCCCACGCCGUGUGGCUUAAAUUCUGUCGGAGUUGAAUCUGUGGAAAGGAUUGUCCCAUUAGAGCUGCUGCGUCCUUUCCUCUGUCCUCCCUGUCACCCAAACCCCGAAGUCACAGCUGCUUGGAAGAGUGGGAUUUUGGGGAUACAACCACACACAUUUCCCUCUGAACUGAAAUUUUAAAAAUAGACCCGUUUCACUGACUUCCUUUAGGGAAAAUAGUUUCAGUCUUGGGUUGUCUUGUGAGCCCACGGGCAUGGGACCCUGUCUCUGCUGGGCUUUUCCGGCCCCGUCCCAGCUCCUCCUCAGGCAGAGGCUGCAGCCCUCAGCUCUGCUGCUGGAUGGAACAUUUCAGCCCCAUCCUGGAAGGUAGACAGGGUGGAGGGCCCAGGGCUAGGCCUGCCAUGCGCCAUGACCAGGGGUGCUACCUGGGGGUGUGAAGCUGGGCUGGCUUUUCCUGGAGGUGGGUGAGAAGGCUGUCUGGGCAAAACAGAAUCAGAAGGCCAUGAGAGAGAGGGGAGCGGGGAGAGUGGUGAGGAGGAUUCGUCUCUGACUGAUGAACCUCUCCAUGCCUGUCUGUCACAUCCAAGUCUGUGCCAGCUGCUGGGAGGUCGGACUCCUGCCCUGAGAAACAGCCCAGUCCUUGGAGAAUGAAACCCUGAGGGUCAGUGAGUGGAGGCCUUCCCUCGGGGCCAGCCAUUCCCGGGAGGCCUGAGUGUGACCCGGAAGCUCUGCGGGUCACCAAGACUGGCAUUUUCUUUGUAUUUUUGUGCAGGGCUGAAGUGAGCAUUCCUCCUCUGAAUUGGUGAGCCUUUGGGAUUUUUUUGUUUCUUUUACUCAUCCUAAUGGCUGGUUUGGGCUGCUCAGAGUAUCAGAGAAUAUUACUAAGAGGGCAGUCAGUUUACUUUUAGGCAUCUUUCUUUCUGUCCAGGGAGAAACCCCUAAGAAGAAUCUUAGUCACUCUUUGCACCUUGUCAUUCUUGCCAUGGGGAAAAUGCGUUGAAAAGAAAAAUACCGGGGCCAGGGAGAAGCCGUGAAUGUAUGUAUUUGCUUUGGUGAAGCUGCUGAACACUGGCUGCAGAGGACCCCCCACCCCCAUCCCGCUCCAGGCCCCAGUGACCCAGUUGCGUCUUAGGUUCCAUCCUCCAGAUUUCAGUCAGCCAGAGGCUGCCAAAAGUAACUAAAGAGGUCUCCAAGUCACUCUGUCACGUUUUUUUUUUUUUUUGAGAUGGAGUCUCGCUGUAUCGCCCAGGCUGGAGUGCAGUGGCCCAAUCUCGGCUCACUGCAGCCUCUGCCUCCCAGGUUCAAGCGAUUCUCCUGCUUCAGCCUCCCAAGUAGCUGGGACUACAGGCACCUGCCACCACACCCGGCUAAUUUUUGUAUUUCUAAUAGAGAUGAGAGUUUCACCACGUUGGCCAGGCUGGUCUCGAACUCCUGACCUCAGGUGAUCCGCCCACCUCAACCUCCCAAAGUGCUGGGAUUAUAGGCGUGAGCCACCGCGCCUGGCCUCUGUCACUUUUUUUGCUCCUUACCCAGUUUUGGGUUUUUUUUGUUGUUUUUUUGUUUUUUUUUUUUGAGAGUGAGACUACAGUGGGAAGACUUCUAGGUGGUUAUUCCUUAUCUUGGAUUCUUUUUUCUGGAAUCGUUUGCUCAUUUGGUGGUUUGCCCUGUGUCAGACAUGGCAAAAAGAGUGCAGGACGGCUGGGGCCGGGGGAAGUGAAGCGGCUUCAAUCCGGGCUGACAGCCAAGAAGCAUUUUCCUCCCUUCGGUGACAGGACCUGCCCCUCCGAGUCUAGAGUUAAAAGCAGCUUCUAGAACUGGCCCCUAAGUUUCCAAAUGUGUUGGCUAAGCUGAAAUGAGAUCUGUGACUCUGAAUUAGAGGUUUUGUUUGUUUGUUUUUUCUCUGCAUGAAGUUCACAGGCCUGUAUGGAUGUUAAAUUGUGUCUGUAGCCUCUCAAUCUCCAGGUUAACUGGUCCAGAUUUUUUUUUUUUAAUCAGUAACAAUGGAGAUUUAAAAUCAAAUAUUUGGCCAGGUGCAGUGGCUCAUGCCUGUAAUCCCAGCACCUUGGGAGGCCGAGGCGGGCGCAUCACAUGAGGAGUUUGAGACCAGCCUGACCAACAUGGUGAAAUCCUGUCUCUACUAAAAAUAAAAAAAAUUAGCCGGGCGUGGUGGCGUGUGCCUGUAAUCCCAGCUACCAGGGAGGCUGAGGCACGAGAAUCGCUUGAACCUGGGAGAUGGAGGUUGCAGUGAGCGGAGAUCACGCCACUGCACUGCAGCCUGGGCAAGAGAGGGAGACUCUGCCUCAAAAAUAAAAAUCAAAUCAAGUAUUUUAAGUUUGGCCCUUCUUUCUUUCAAGAAAGGCUUUUUGAAUACCUAGAAUACCUUCAUGUAUGCGGCUUGAUUUCUGUUUCAGGAAAAGGGGGGCAGGAGGAGAGACAACAGCCGUGUUCCACAGUCUGUCCUGAGAUGUCGCUGAGUCUAGACACUUGGGCUGCAUGUGCCCUGCAGAUGACAAAGGCCAGCAGCUCAGCACACGUGCGGGAGGGGUUAAAGCCAAUACUGAGUUUUUGUUCUUGUUGUUUUAAUCUGAACGAUUAUUCUCCUGUAAAAAUAAUUUGGGAGGGGCGGGUGUUGUUCGGUGUGUGUGUGUGUGUGUGUGUGUUUGUGUGUAUGUGAGUGUAUUUUUUUUUUUUUUUUACAGUGGCUGCCUGUCUAAAGUAUUUUUCACAACAUGUUUGAUAAUCAGUGCUUUAAAAAGCAGCAGUAUCCUAUAAAGUAGAAAUGUCAGUUCUAGAGCAUUGGAUGUGAAGUUCUGGUCACGUCACCUUGCGUGUCUCACCCUGGAGGAGUGAAGGUGGGCGCCCGGGGUGGGGGGUGUGGCUGCACCCCAGCACCGGGAGGGGGCACGCAUGACACCAGAGGAAGGGGCAGCCCCACCCAUGUCAACAGCAGGCGGCCUGUGUUUUCAUUUCAAAUGGGAUACAGUAUUUUUUUAAUAAGGAGCCAUACGUUUUUUUAAGAGUUUGAGAUCUGAAUGUGAUUUCUAAUUGUAUCAGACGUUAAUGUUUUAAAGCUAUAACAAAGUUUAAAAUUUCUACUUUUUGUUUUUCAUUUAUUUUAACUGUUCUUUUAUCUAUUAAAUUGUUGUAUGUGGAUGGGGAAGUUUUGUUUCUCCUCUUAGCAUUUGUUUCUAUAACCAGAAAUAAAAUUCUAUAUUAAAGAAAUGA